UGCGCGCACGCAGCCGGCGCGCCCCCUCCCGGCCGCCAUGUUGGCUGGUGUGUGGGUGUCAAACCGAGCUGGAAGCGGCUGCGACUCUUCGGGCUCCAGUCGCUCCCGCCUCCUCAGCUCUGCUGGCGGCCGCAGUCGCGCACCCGGGUCGGCCCGGAGGAGCGCAGGUCAUGGCUUCCGGCUUCUCAGACCUGAGGCUCCAGUAGAGGAAAUGACCGUCAGGGACCCUGCUCCAGACCUGUUACGGAGACUGAACCUCUGUGGGGCACGAACCUGCUGGAGACGGGGAAGCUUCUCUCUCUGAAGGGAUCUGCACUUGUCACAGAAGGUAAAGAUGACGACCUCGUCCAUCAGACGCCAGAUGAAAAACAUUGUCAACAACUACUCGGAAGCUGAGAUAAAAGUGCGGGAAGCCACCUCCAAUGACCCAUGGGGCCCGUCCAGCUCCCUGAUGACGGAGAUUGCAGACCUGACCUACAACGUGGUGGCCUUCUCGGAGAUCAUGAGCAUGGUGUGGAAGCGGCUCAACGACCAUGGCAAGAACUGGCGGCACGUGUACAAGGCCCUGACGCUGCUUGACUACCUCAUCAAGACGGGCUCAGAGCGCGUGGCCCAGCAGUGCCGCGAGAACAUCUUCGCCAUCCAGACCCUGAAGGACUUCCAGUACGUCGACCGUGACGGCAAGGACCAGGGGGUCAACGUGCGUGAGAAGGCCAAGCAGCUGGUGGCCCUGCUGAAGGACGAGGAGCGGCUUAAGGCCGAGCGGGCCCAGGCCCUCAAGACCAAGGAGCGCAUGGCCCAGGUGGCCACCGGCAUGGGCAGCAACCAGAUCACCUUUGGCCGGGGCUCCAGCCAGCCCAACUUGUCCACCAGCUACUCGGAGCAGGAGUACGGCAAGGCCGGGGGGUCGCCGGCUUCCUACCAUGGCUGUGGACCCAUGGGUGUGAGGCAGGAGCGGGUGGCUGACCGCGGAACACAGGUCCUUCACAGUGACUUUGCAUCCCCCACAGCCACCUCCCCACGGGUGUCCUCGGAGCUGGAGCAGGCAAGGCCGCAGACGAGUGGGGAGGAGGAGCUGCAGCUGCAGCUGGCGCUGGCCAUGAGCAGAGAGGUGGCCGAGCAGGAAGAGCGCCUUAGGCGGGGCGAUGACCUCAGGCUGCAGAUGGCCCUCGAGGAGAGCCGCCGAGACACGGUUAAAGUUCCAAAAAAGAAAGAGCAGCACAGCUCCCACCCGCAGCAGACCACGCUGUUGGACCUGAUGGACGCCCUGCCCAGCGCGGGCCCUGCUGCCCAGAAGGCAGAGCCCUGGGGCCCAUCCACCUCUGCCAGCCAGACCAACCCCUGGGGCGCACCGGCAGCUCCGGCCAGCACUUCGGACCCCUGGCCGUCGUUCGGUAAAGACCCCCCUGGUGCCAAGCCAGCCACCUCCGUCGACCCAUGGGGGCCACCCUCUGGAGCCAGCACACACUCUGCUCCCAAGGGCUCGGACCCCUGGGCUGCCCCGCAGCAGCCAGCCCCCAGCACUGGGAAAGCCGCUGACCCCUGGGCUGCAGCCUCGGCUGCCAAGCCUGUGUCUUCCUCUGGGUCCUUCGAUCUCUUCAGUAAUCUGAAUGGUACAAUUAAAGAUGACUUCUCUGAAUUUGACAACCUCCGAACUUCAAAAAAAGCAGCCAAGGUGGCCUCUCCGCCGGCCCAGAACAAUGGAACCUCCAGCCCUGAUCCAUUUGAGUCUCAGCCCCUGACCGUCGCCUCGAGCAAGCCCAGUGGUGCCCGGAAAACCCCUGAGUCCUUCCUGGGCCCCAACGCGGCCCUGGUCAACCUGGACUCACUGGUAACCAGGCCAGCCCCACCGGCACAAGCCCUCAACCCCUUCUUAGCACCAGGUGCCGCCACGGCCUCGGCCCCUGUCAACCCCUUCCAGGUGAACCAGCCGCAGCCGCUGACGCUGAACCAGCUGCGGGGGAGCCCAGUGCUAGGGGGCAGUGCAUCCUUUGGUCCUAGCCCAGGCGUAGAGCCUAUAGCUGUGGCCUCCAUGACCUCCACGGCCUCCCACCCAGGCCUGGGGGCCAGCAGCUCCUCCCUGCCGCCGCUGGGCCCUGCUGCAAUGAACAUGGUGGGCAGCCUGGGUGUACCCCCGUCGGCAACUCAGGCCACUGGCACAACCAACCCUUUCCUCCUCUAGUGCCCGGCCGGGACCCGUGCAGAGCAUCCGUGCCAAGGACGCCGAGCAGGGACUGUCACUUGUGGAAGGGGUCGGGGAGCAGGGGGAUGGGUGUCAGGGUGUCCCGUCCGGCUUCCUGAGUAGAGGGUGUCUCUGUGGUCCCGGGCCUCAGUUUGAGGGGCGAGCGGUGGCGGCAGACAGAGGCAUCACACAGCAUGCAGGUACCCGGGCCUGUGUCAUGUGAGGCCCCCCUGACCCAGCCUGGCCACCCCGUUGCCUCCGUGGGGAUCUGCCAGCUCUCGGGGGCUUGGCCGAGGCGGUGGCCAUGUGCAGUACCAGUCCAGCCUCAGCCCAGGGUCUCUGGGACACGCUCGCCCGGGACCUGGCCCCCACCCCUAGCCCCAGGGACAUCCCAGGCAGCCCCAGGCAUGGACCGGAUGGAGUGCCGGCACCCUCAGACACUGACCUUUUGGGGACGCAGUUGUGCGUGUUUCUUUUCUUUGACUCGUGUGUGAGUUCAAAGUGAACGCCACCACCGUGGAACAACUCUUGAAUUAAAUCCACUAGAGAAGCUUUAAACUAACCUGAGCGUAGCCCUGCCACGUGCUCCAUGCUUGUAUGCGUUUGCACAGAUUUUGUUUAGUACAGUUUCAUAUUUGAGUUUGCAGAAUUAUCAAAUAGUCUUUUUUUGGCUAAUAUUUUUAUAACGUGGUUCUUAUUUAACUGUCUAGUUUUGAUAGAAUUUACCAGGUCUGGCUGAAUUAAGAUAUUGGCAGUGUCAUGUUAGUGGUUUAAAUUCUCUUAUUUAUGGUUUUAACUCUAAGAAAAUUUAAAUACGAAGAGACAAAAAAAUGCCUUAUGGAAAAACUAAAGCAAAUUCUUUAUAGGAAAAAUAUGGGAAUUUGAAUGCACAUAAAAGAUAUUUAAAAAAAAAAAGAAAAACCUACAAUAGUAACAAAAAAUUGUAGCCUCCAGUUGCCUUUUCCUUUAACUCCCUUUUUUGGUAAAUUACCAAACUGACUUUCAGCCUUUUUGGCUAGAUCCUAAGAGAGAGGCUAUUUUUCUUACUGAUGUACCAACAUGAAGUUAAAGACAAAAUCUAACAUAUGAAUGUGACUCACCAGGUUUUAUCAACUAACUUCUGUGACUGAAGGCAUGCACAGUUAACAAGACUUGCGUUUACAGUGGAAACAUGGGAUGGAACCCUGUCUCUGUGACCUCCCCCUUAAGUCCACCCUCAGGGCAGAGGUGGGGACAGUGCUGGCGGCUUGUCGGGGGCCAGUGGGCCUCUGCUGUGGCUCCUGGGGCAGCCCUAGGUUGACGGGCUGCGGCCCAGGCCUGGCUCCCACACACUCACCUGCCCUCCAGACACAUGUUGUGAUGUAGAAAUUACUAUCUCUUUCUUUGGAGAGAAUAAAAAAUCACUCUUAUACAGAAAAGAUAUUAACAAACAUGCACUAAUCUUACCUCCCUCUCCCCUGCUUCCUUUGCCCCACCCACCACAAUUUAAAAAAGUAUUAAGUCACAAAGAUCAGAAGAGACUCACUCCUCCCCAGAGCAGGGACAUUGGCCCCGAGCCCCAUGUCUGGUCAGCUAGCCUGGUGGGCACGUCAGUCUCCAUUUCCACAGUGGACGUCUCGCCUCCAGCACCAAGGGCAGUUAACACCAGGUCCCUCUGCUUGCAGUGCUGGGCACGGGAGGCUGACAGAGCUCACUCUGCUCCUCCACCCGGGGGCCACCUCCUGGGCUGGACUGUGGGCUCCUGAGUCAUCAGGAAGGCCGGACCGGCUCUCCUCUCCCAGCGGCCCAGGGGAGGGCGGGCUCGGGGCAAGAUGUUCCCCCAGGGAGGGAUGGGCUGACGCCUGCACAGGUGGCAGGACCACACUGCUGGGUGCUGGGGCCAGCAAUUCCUCAUCAGUUAAGAGCCCUUCCUGACGGGACAUGGGCCUCCAAGGCCCAGGCAGCCUCAGCUCCCGUCCCCGAUCAGACCCGUCCCCAGGUGCCUCUUCCCAUUGCCCGUUGCACUGAUCAUGAAGCCACUGGCGCUGCCAGAGUGUGGGAUGUGUGCCAUCAAGCGCCCUCCUGCCAGGUGCCAUGGUGGGGGUGUCACCCAGCCGUUCUCAGUCCAGGGGCAGGUGGCUGGUUUUGAACUCGUAUUGACUAUUGAUACUUUAUUUACUGUAUAAAUAUAAUUUAUCAUUUGUAUCAUGA